AUAGUACAGAAAAGGAGAACAAACUCCUGUGUCAAUGGAGAAAGUGUUUGGAAGCAGGACCAUCCCUGCCAUGCCCUAGAAAGCAGCUGAGAGAGGAAGCUGAAAUAUCCUGGGAAGAGUUUAACUCCUGCUUCAGAGGGAGGCCACAUGUCCAGGAGGAGGCUGAAGGCGGGAGCCACAAGGGAAAUUGUAACCCAAGGAUUCUGGGUGAAAGGUCAGGAGUCUUUAUUUGCUUUGUGGGCUUGGGAGGUCUGGGAAGCCUGGGUCUGGUGGGGAGCAGACUUGCUGACAGUGGGUAGGAGUCAAUCCUCAAGUUCUGAAUCUCUGAUGGUCCUCCCAGGGACAAAGUCUGGGACAUCAACAACCUGGAAAGGAAUUACUGUUUCCAUGGAAGGACCCUGAUAUUUGUAUUUUCUACGUGAACAAAUUUUUUUUGUUUCCUCUACUGUUGUUCAGGUUUCAAAGUUCCUUUUGAAAUGAUUGUAGGAAACAGUUACAUGUGUUCUGCCUUAUCAAAAGUUUUCUGUUUAGCAAUCCUCAUCAGCAUUUUAAAACAUGCUGACAUAAAAGGUUGGGAAUUUUUCAUAUAGGUUACAAUAAGUAUUUAGGUCAAAGACUAAUUAAUCAUUCAGUAUAGGUCUGCUUUUUUUUAGCACACUGAUUAUGAAGAAGACACACCAAAAGGUUAAAGACCUUUUGUACUUUACAGUCCAGAUAAGUGAUCUUCCACGCAGUUUUGGAGCAGCUGAACUAUAAAAAGGAAGAAACACCCAAAAACCAAAGUUAUUUCAGUCUUGCUUCGUCAUUCUAAAAUUCUGUUCUCCCUCUCCUAAUCUGGAAGACCUUCUGAAGGAGCUCAUAUUGUUUGGUGUUGCAAAGGUGUUUAUUUCAUUUUUACAGCUAAAAAUCCUAAAAGCAUCAAGAGUUUGACUAAAGGAACUUUACCACGGCACAAAAUGUUAAGAUCUGGCAGGACAAGUAACAUGCAAUUUUAAAAUGUCAGAAACCUAGCUAUUUUUUAGUUUUUAUGGUAGGAAAUACUUAGUUCAAGGUAAGCAUUUUCAAUGGAAAUAUUUUGUUUAAUGUUCUUAGUAUUUUACAGCCACAGUCUAUAGUCCAUGGGAGCUACAGAAUAACUAAUAAUUAGUUCUGCUUCUGCCUUGUGAAUGCCAGUGAAUCCUCUUACAGCCUUCUUCAAAUGAGAGCUAAGUCUGCCUACAGUAUCUGACUUUGCCAUGGCUUUGUUGAGGCAGGUAAGUACAGCACAACAAGGGAGGGAGUAGAAAUUGGAGCUAGAACUUGUCUAAAGAUCUCAUUGAGUUUUACCAAAUUCAGUUCCAAACUACAGCUCAAACACAACCCAAUUUUCAUUUCAUCAUUGCUAAUGGAGACAUGAUCUCACUGACCCCCAUCAUUCUCUUCAGGCUCUGUGUUACAGAGCACCAUCUAACAGCCCUGUUACAUGCUGCUGCAGGAGAUGUGCCUGUGCCCCAGUAAAAGUUAAUGCUAUCUCAUGUAUUGACUGGGGACUUUCUAAAUGCAAACCACAGUUUAGAGGUAGUUUUACACUGUUAUACUUGUGUUUAUAGGACUCUGAAAACAGCCUGGAGACACUGGAUGUCUAAAAGUUUGCUCAGUCACAAGCUGAACGUGAUGUAAGAAAGUCAUACUGUUGCAAAAAUUGAAAGACUGACACUAUUCUGAACUGUAAAGCAGCCGUGCUUGUGAAUCAGCAGCAGUGACAUUUUCCAGCAAUCCCACAUGAAAGCCAGUGGGAAGGGUGAUGAGGGAUUUCCGCUCCGUGACCUCGCCCUGCAGUGGGACAGCCACCGCGCUGCCUCUGGCAUUCUUUCUAUGAAGCACUGCAGUGACAGCUGAAGUUGCUUUCCAGAAGUCAUCUCAUCAUCUGACAGCAUCCAAUACCUUAACUUUCCUCAGCACAGGAGACAAACUACCUUGAAUUUCCUACUUUUCUGAGUUUUCCAAGCUGGUGGCAAUGGCAAAUUAUCUUGGAGUUACCUCAGCAGUGUCUUUCAUCUGGGUUAUGACAUUCCUGGCUCAAAAUUACUUUGUAACAGGUUCCAUUAAUUCACCUUGCAGGAUCAAGGGUAUAGGAAUUUAUCUUGAUCAGAAAGUGAAUUUCUCGGAAGCAAGUCAUGGAUGCAAUCAAUUCAACCUAGAGUUGGCAAGUAAAAUACAAGUGGAAGAGGCUUUGAGACAUGGCUUUGAAACAUGCAACUUUGGAUGGGUGAAAGAAGGGUUUGCUGUUAUUCCUCGGAUAACAUCCAACCAGAGAUGUGGUCAGGGAAAAACUGGAAUAGUACAAUGGAAUGCUGGCAGGGAUAAAAAAUUUCAUCUCUACUGCUUCAAUUCCUCAGAUGUCCAGAUUAAUUCAUGUCAACCAGACCCAACUACAACCACACUUCCUUUAUCAACUGCAUCAAGGGACUUAAGUUCAUAUUCAGCCUCUGAUUUGACUGAGAACAUCACAGCAGUGUCUGCUGAGACUGUGACUGAGGCAGAACAAUUCCUGAGAAAGAGAUUUCGUGUGGUGUGUGUGACUGAAACGCUCUUACCAACAGAGGGGCCCACCACACCAGUGCCAGAGGAGCACUCCCCCACUGACUCUCCCAAGCACACUCCCCACCUGGCCUUUAAGAAUGAUGCUGUUGUUUUUGGAGGUAUCCCCACUGCACUUCUUGUCCUGGCAAUCAUCUUCUUCAUUAUUUCUGUUGUUCUAGCAGUCUGUUAUAUCAAAAAGUACAAGAAAACCUUACCAUUUUUAAACAAGAAUCAGCAAAAAGAAACAGUUGUAACUACUGCUCUCAAAGAGACAAAAUCAAAUGACCAAACACCUGAGAAGGAAACACAGAAUAAUGGAAAUAAGGUAGAAGAGUGUAAAACUAAGCCUGAGGCCACAGUAAAAUGUCUAGAAGCAGAAGUUUAAAGGAAAGAAUGUACAGUUCUUGAUGGAAGUAUAAAAUAAAGCACACAGAACUUAGCAGUGCUUUUAAACAUAAGUGAUUGUAAAUACUCAUAUUUUCUCUGUCUUUAACAUAUGAAACCUUGGUUUUUUAAUAAUUACAUCUUUGGUAACAGAUAUUCUUGCAGAAGAACGUGGUAUCCUAUUUACUUGAAAUAAAUUCUACAAAUCCAUAUUACAGCUCAUUUUUCAUCUUUAAUAAAGAAGCAAUUAGGAAUAUGCUAUUAACAACAUGUACUACAUUAACUAUUUGCAUGGAAUUUAGAUCAAUAUAUAAUAGAAAGGUUUUUAUAUCUGGCUGGAGGAUCUCUGCUAGCCUAAUGCCUAAAAUAAAAACUGGCACUGUAUUUCUUCCUCAUGUAGAUUAGCUUAUUUCCAUUCAGUAGUUGCAUGCUGCUUUAAAAAAUGUCUGUUUACAAACAGAAGAAACAGUUCUGUUUACAAGGGAGUAAAAACACAAAGGAUUAACCCACUGUCAUUCAAAUGCCCAAAGCAGGGUACAAAGAUGCUGAUGUGUCUGUGUAUAUAUACGCAGCAGUGAAUAACUUACUUAGAUACCUUCAUUGUAUCAUAAUUUACUGUUUUAUUUAUUGAAACCAUCAGCAUUCUCUCACAUGAGAAAUUUGGCAGAGGGGGACAAAAAAAUCCUUGAACAAGACUUAUACUAGAGAUCUUUUUUGUGUAUUUAUAUGUGGCUUUCAUAAUAAAGGUCUCAGGUGAUAUGGAAUGUCUACGGUGCUCCCUAAAAAAUAAACUAUGGUGGAUUUGUUUGUCUGGACAA